GCGAGAUUGAACAUUUUAUAAUUAUUACAAUCGGGCUCAGAGUUAGUAGGCCGUGGAGCGUAGAGCAUUAGACGUAGGUCUACCUCAUUGCGCUUGGUGAUUACGUCGAUCCACCUGUUGAUAGUAGUUGGCUGUGGCUGCGACCGGCCGGCUGUUGUGUACGAAGAUUUUUUUUAAGCGUAUUAUGUGUAUACUUUGUCAAGUGCCGUGAAACUUGUUUUAACGCGCUUUCGAAUAUCAAAAUUUGGAUUAUAUCCCGAUCGUUUGCGAUUCUUGCAAAGCUCCGACUAUUUACCUGAAUUUCGACAACGUCUUGUAGUAAACCCGUAGAAAUACGGCAACAAACGAUCAGAAUGUAAUUAUUACGUAACGAACGAAACACCUGUCGUGAAAAUUGUUGUACUGUGACUCAAAGUUUAAAAAUAGUUUCAAGUUUCAAGUUGACGUGCUAGGAAGUAUUAUACGCCAUGUUGAUGCAAAACGAUUUCAGUCUAGCUCUUCAACAGAGCAAGAUUUAUUUGGCCCAACGGGAAGUCAAAGAAAACUCAACAAUCGGACAGGAUACGGUUGACUGCGCCAUUUUACCUCCGAAAUCUUCGGCCGAUAUGAAAAAAGUACCGUCUAUAGAAACUUUGAAUAGCGAAAUGCCGAGAAAGGAAUUACAAAAAGAUAGGGGGAAAAAGGCAUUGAAAUGUCUGUUGAAUAAAUUGAGAUUAAAAAAAUACGGAAGUGCUACAAUUUCCAAACCGGAUCCAGUUUAUAGAGUAGCGUAUUUAGGAAAUGUCGUCACUGGAUGGGCCAAAGGGGAAGGAUGUUUCGAGAAACCGUUAACGACCUUAUGGAGAAACUACACCCAAUCCUCCCGACCGGAUGUGCGCAUGAACUUGACAGUCAGUGGCGGUGGUUUGAAAGCAACAACAAAAGAUCACGGUCUCACCGAGUAUUGGGCUAAUCGAUUGACAGCUUGUGGAGCCCCGGUACAAUUUCCUCGAUUGUUCUGUUGGGUAUAUCGACACGAAGGUAAACGAUUACGACACGAACUAAGAUGCCACGCAGUACUGUGCUCUUCUUCGGCUGUAGCGAAGCAAAUAGAAGAAGAACUAAAAGAAUCUCUAGCCCUAGCACUCCUAGAAUUCAAACGAGAAAAACUUUGCAGGCAAAAUGCGAGAUUGUCUCUAGUCAAUUCCGUAUAUGAAAAUCCCACUAUACCAAGAAGAAAAAUUUUACUUAGUACGGGUUCCCAUAACUAUAGACCUCCGUUAGAACGAUCUAAGUCAGCUCCAAAACUCAUGAGCAUAGAAGAAAUCAUUGAAGAAGAAGAAGACGAUAACGUCUUCGAUAAUUCCAAAGAAAGCGUAAAAGUUAAAAAACUACUUAAUCAUUGCAAUAGUACCAACAGCCUUUUAGAUAGAAGAAAAUGGUAUUUUAUAAAUAAGAUUCGAAACAAUAAUAAUAUAGUACCUGCAAGAGAAACUACCUGUGAUGAAUCUUUGAAAGAAGAAAAAACGGAAGAAUCGGAACCCCUAAUGCUGGACGAUAAGAGUGACAUUAUUUUAAAAGAACUGGUAGAAAGUAGUUUUAAAAAUGAUCUUUUAGAAUCGUGCGAAAAAGCUUGGUACAACGCCCUAAGCCAAAAACCAGAUCUAAUACCUAUAGAAAGUGACGAAGGUUCCUUAUCCAGUGGUUGUGAAUCAGCUAGCACAGCCAUGUCCGAAACAGACCAUCCUGUAUUUCCGACAAUAACCGAAUUAGCAGUUUUGCAAGAAGAAGAACAAGAAUACGAGAAGAAGACUGAACUAGACUUUAAAGUUGGCGGCACUGUUUUAUCCAGGGUACGAAGCUUCGAAAAAUUAUCAAAUCCGGAUCUACUGAAAUACUGUGGUGUGAAUAAUAAAAAACAAUUCAUGGAUCAAGAAGAAGUGUCUCUGGUACCCGUAGGAGAGACUCAUGCGGAUUUUAGUUCGUUAAAGGUUUUUAAAAGAAGGACUCUCUCCGAUCCUAAUUAUAGGCGAUUGAGCGAAGGAAAUGCUUCAGACGACGAAAUCGGUAGUGCUUGCAGUGACGAAAGUGGCUAUGAAGAGGAAGACGCCAUCAGCUCAAUAGGAAAUAUAGUUUUAGUAUGAGAUUAUGCUGUGAUUAUAGGUUUUAACUUCACUUUGUCGACGGUAUUUAAUUUUGGUUGUUUUUAAAUAGUUACCUGUAGGAAUAUUUUCUUAUUCUGGUUUAAUUAUAAUACAUACCUCUUUAUAUUUUGUUCGAUAACAAUCGAUUAUUUUUAUACAUUUUGCAGGUUUUAUUUGUUGGACUUGGUCUUCUCUACAGUUUUAUAUCCCAACAUUCCCACAUGUGUCUUUAAUUAUAUUUUAAUUCUAAAAUCAUUUUUUUUUCAUUUGCUAUUAAAAAACUAAGCUUUGGGAGAAGUUAAUAGCAAAGUUAUUCACAUACAUUUCCUCUUCACACAAGAAACUAUAUUAAAACUUAGUUAUUAACCAAUUGUAACUUUUUAAGAUCAUAGAAGCUCUAGAGAAAAUUUUGAUUACUUUGUCAAGACUCAAACUUACAUUGCCGUCAUUGUAUUGAAUAUUCUACUGUAUUACUAGUAUACUGUUAAAAAUUGGAUUCUCCAGGUUUAAUUUGUUUAAAAAAAGCAUUUUCAAGAUUACCUUGAUUAAAGGUUGGCUUUUGUAAGUUCAGUUUGAUGAAAAAGUGAUUUUUUGAGAUAUAUUUUGUAAAAUAUUGACUAUUUAAGUUUUAAUUCAUGAAAAACUGUCUUUUCUAGCUCCAACUUUUGGAAAGUUGGCUUUUCUAGCUUCCAUUUGAUCAAAAAUUGGCAUUUUCCAACAUUGAUUUUAACAAAAAUUUAUUUGUACCAAAAAUUGGCUUGUCUACGGUUAAUGUAACUAAAUUAUUAUUCCUAUGUUAAAUAUAUUAAUAUAUUUGAUAUUUCUAGUUUAAUUGGGUCAAAAAUUGGCUUUUUUAACAUUGAUUUUAACAAAAAUUUGCUUAUUUAACUUUAAUUUGGUGCAAUCCUUCUCAUUCUUAAUUUAUUUGUACCAAAAAUUGGCUUGUCUACGGUUAAUGUAACUAAAUUAUUAUUCCUAUGUUAAAUAUAUUAAUAUAUUUGAUAUUUCUAGUUUAAUUGGGUCAAAAAUUGGCUUUUUUAACAUUGAUUUUAACAAAAAUUUGCUUAUUUAACUUUAAUUUGGUGCAAUCCUUCUCAUUCUUAAUUUAUUUGUACCAAAAAUUGGCUUGUCUACGGUUAAUGUAACUAAAUUAUCAUUCCUAUGUUAAAUAUAUUAAUAUAUUUGAUAUUUCUAGUUUAAUUGGGUCAAAAAUUGGCUUUUUUAACAUUGAUUUUAACAAAAAUUUGCUUAUUUAACUUUAAUUUGGUGCAAUCCUUCUCAUUCUUAAUUUAUUUGUACCAAAAAUUGGCUUGUCUACGGUUAAUGUAACUAAAUUAUUAUUCCUAUGUUAAAUAUAUUAAUAUAUUUGAUAUUUCUAGUUUAAUUGGGUCAAAAAUUGGCUUUUUUAACAUUGAUUUUAACAAAAAUUUGCUUAUUUAACUUUAAUUUGGUGCAAUCCUUCUCAUUCUUAAUUUAUUUGUACCAAAAAUUGGCUUGUCUACGGUUAAUGUAACUAAAUUAUCAUUCCUAUGUUAAAUCUAUUAAUAUAUUUGAUAUUUCUAGUUUAAUUGGGUCAAAAAUUGGCUUUUAUAACUUCCAUUUGAUCAAAAAUUGGCAUUUUCUAACUUUGAUUUUAACAAAAAUUUGCUCAUUUAAGUUUAAUUUGAUCCAAACCUUUUCAUUCUUAAUUUAUUUGUAUAAAAAAUUGGCUUGUCUACGGUUAAUGUAACUAAAUUAUCAUUCCUAUGUUAAAUCUAUUAAUAUAUUUGGUAUUUCUAGUUUAAUUUGAUCAAAAAUUGGCUAUUCUAACUUUUAUAUGAUCAAGCAUCGUUAUUAUUGAAUUUUUUACGAAAAAAUUCGCUUUCAAAGUUUAAUUUGUUAGAAAAAAUUGAUCAAAAUCGGCUUUUCUAAAUUCAAUUAUAACAAAAAAAUAUUUUUUCAAGAUAUAUUUUGUCAAAUAUCAAUUUUUCUAAAUUAAUUUUUUCAAAAAUUGGGAUUUCUUCCUUGGUUCAUUAGGAAGUUUACUUUUAUCAAACAUUGGCCAUUUUAACUUUAAUUUGGGCAAAAAUUAGCUUAUUUAAGCUCAAUUUGGUUAAAAAUUGUUAGUAUUGAAUUAUUUUAAUGAGAAAUUUAUAUUUGUAUGUGUAGUUUAACAAUAAUUGGCUUCUCUAUGUUUAAUUUCUCUUUUUUUAGAUUCUUUUAUUCAAAUGCUGGUUUAUCUCAAUGUAAUUUAUCAAAAACCGUCUUUCAAGUUAAUUUUGGUCAUAAAUUGACUUUUCUAAGUACUUUUUGGUGGAAACUUGACUUUUUUGUGUUAAAUCUGUUCUGCAUUUCUAGUUUAAUUUCAUCAAAAUUGCCUUCUCUAAAUUUAAUUAUGUCAAAAA